GUUCCCUCUGCCCGGCGCGCCCCGGUGGCCUGCUGGAGGCAGAAACAGCAGCAGCAUUAGCAGCAGCAGCGGCUGCGGCUGCUCUGCCGCCGCCGUCUCCGCGAGAGCAUGGAGUGCGCCCUGGACGCCCAGAGCCUGAUCAGCAUCUCCCUGCGCAAGAUCCACAGCUCCCGGACCCAGCGCGGCGGCAUUAAGCUGCACAAGAACCUCCUGGUGUCCUACGUGCUCCGCAACGCGCGCCAGCUCUACCUGAGCGAGCGCUACGCCGAGCUCUACCGGCGCCAGCAGCAGCAGCAGCAACAGCAGCAGCCGCCCCACCACCAGCACCAGCACCUCGCGUACGCGGCGCCGGGCAUGCCGGCCAGCGCGGCCGACUUCGGCCCGCUCUCGUAUAACUUCUCCGCGCCCUCCGCGCCCCAAGGGGCCGCCCCUCCUGCCGCCGCCGCCGCUUCCCCGCCCGCCUCCGCGGCCCCCGCCUCCUCCCCCAGCUUCUACCGGGGCGCAUACCCGGCCCCUUCGGACUUCGGCGUGCACUGCAGCAGCCAGACCACCGUGCUGGACCUGGACACUCACGUGGUGACCACGGUGGAGAACGGCUACUUGCACCAGGACUGCUGCGCCUCCGCCCACUGCCCCUGCUGUGGCCAGGGCGCUCCGGGACCGGGCCUGGCGUCCGCCGCCGGCUGCAAGCGCAAGUAUUACCCUGGCCAGGAAGAGGACGACGACGAGGAGGAGGACGCAGGCGACCUGGGGGCCGAGCCCCCCGGGGGCGCCCCGUUCGCCCCCUGCAAGCGCGCCCGCUUCGAGGACUUCUGCCCGGACUCGUCCCCGGACGCGUCCAACAUCUCAAACUUGAUCUCCAUCUUUGGCUCGGGCUUCUCGGGGCUGGUGAGCCGACAGCCGGACUCCUCAGAGCAGCCGCCGCCGCUCAACGGGCAGCUGUGCGCCAAGCAAGCGCUUGCCAGCCUCGGCGCCUGGACUCGAGCCAUUGUCGCCUUCUAGGGACCCCCGAGGGCACGGGCACCCGGGGCCCCGCGGGGCUGGGGCCAGACAAAGACUCGGCCAACGGGCGAGAGGAGGGAACGAGCGGGCGCCCGGCCACUCGGGGCUGAGCUGGGAGCGAGCAAGGAGAGACGACUGAUGUUUUAUAAAUUGUAAAAUAAAAGAAAAAGAAAUCUAAAA